CGAAAUCUAGAUUUGAUGACAUUAAACAUUUAAACAUUAGAGUACAGAUUUUCCAUCAACAAUAAAUGACAAAUAUGUACCACUCAAACGAGUCAAACAAUAUCUUAUUUGACUUAAGACAUCAAGUAGAGCAAGAGGCUCUAAACCUAAGAAAAGAGAUGGAAGGUAUAAAAGUUGGGUACGAACAAUUAGAUCUCAAGAAUAGGACUGCUAAAGAAGAAUUAAAUGAACUAGGAGGAAAGCUUUGUCUUCUUCAAGGAAGAGCUAGAGUAAAAAAAAAUCAAAUUAAUCAGAAAAGAAACGAUAUUAGAGUAAUGAGGUGGAAAAGUUUCGAAAUACAACAAGAAAAUGAUGCUUUAAAAUCUCAACUACUAACUAUAGAAAAACAAGGUGUUAAUGUUGCAGAUAUCAGAAGAAGAUAUAAUCUUCAAAACGAUUAAAAUUAAAUAUUUAAAUAAAAAUGUGAAAAAUCAAAUCAUGUUUACUGCUAAAAAAAUGGAAUCUUUG